ACUUUGUAUCUGCCCCCCCAAAAAGUGUACAUUUAACUCACCAGGCUUGUUGUGAUGCGUAUCCCCGUAGAUACCAGCACCAGCCGCCGCUUCACGCCGCCUUCCACCACCCUGAGCCCGGGGAAGAUGACUGACACCCUGUCGCUGAGCGGGCCGGAUGGCAGCAACAGCAGCGCCGCCCUGGUGGGCAAGUUGAGGAGCGCGGAUCGGAACAUGGUGGAGGUGCUGUCCGAUCACCCCGGGGAGCUGGUCCGUACAGACAGCCCGAACUUCCUCUGCUCAGUGCUGCCGACCCACUGGAGGUGCAACAAGACUCUGCCCAUCGCUUUCAAGGUGGUGGCGCUAGGGGAUGUCCCGGAUGGAACGCUGGUCACCGUCAUGGCGGGCAACGAUGAGAAUUACUCAGCCGAGCUUCGCAACGCCACAGCGGCGAUGAAGAGCCAGGUCGCUCGAUUCAAUGACCUGAGGUUCGUUGGGAGGUCGGGAAGAGGUAAAAGCUUCACGUUGACCAUCACCGUCUUCACCAAUCCUCCGCAAGUGGCCACUUACCACCGAGCCAUAAAAAUCACAGUGGAUGGACCAAGAGAACCGAGAAGGCACAGGCAAAAACUGGAUGAGCAGAGCAAACCCGGGAGCUUGUCGUUUUCCGAGCGGCUGAGCGAACUGGAACAGUUGCGGCGAGCGGCAGUGAGGGUCAGCCCGCACCACCCAACUCACACCCCCAACCCACGAUCAUCUCUGAACCACUCGGCGGCAUUCAACCCUCAGGCACAGAGCCAGAUACAAGAUACCAGACAAGUCCAGACAUCUCCUUCAUGGUCCUACGACCAGUCCUAUCAGUACCUUGGAUCGAUUGCCACCCCAUCCGUGCAUCCAGCCACACCCAUCUCACCUGGACGAGCCAGCGGAAUGUCUUCGCUCAGCGCAGAGAUCUCCAGGAAAUCUUCCAAUGAGGACACCUGUUCCAGUGACCACUGUCUUUACAUUUUUGUGUUUUCUAUUUCAGGAGCUUCAGACCUGACGGCGUUUAGCGACCCCCGAGUUGGAAUCGAUCGCCAAUUCUCCGGCCUGCCCUCCAUUUCAGACCCCCGCAUGCACUAUCCGGGAGCGUUCACGUACACCCCAACUCCAGUAACUUCAGGAAUUGGUAUCGGCAUGUCGGCCAUGAACACUGCUACAAGAUACCACACCUACUUACCGCCGCCCUACCCGGGAUCUUCUCAGGGUCAAGGUGGACCCUUCCAGACCAGCUCCCCCUCGUACCAUCUCUAUUACGGAACACCGGCUGGAUCAUACCAGUUCUCCAUGAUGUCGGGGGGAGACAGGUCACCUCCUCGCAUCCUUCCUCCUUGCACUAAUGCUUCCACGGGGUCCGCUCUCCUAAACCCAAACCUCCCCAACCAAAACGAUGUGGAAACGGAAGGAAGCCACAGCAACUCGCCAACCAACAUGGGCACCACGGCACGUCUGGAGGAAGCGGUCUGGCGGCCAUAUUAAAGAGAAAUAAGGCCGUCCGCCGUGUGUGACAUUUCCAUGUGAAGUUCCUUCGGUACCAGGAGAUACGGAGGAUUCUGUAAAACUAUAAACUGAGGAUAGACCCGAUCUCAGAAUGCUGUGAAAUCACCUGGCGAAGAAAUACAGUUAUUUACUACGCCUAUAUCAUUUGUUUUUUCAGCAGUACAGCUGAGCGAUAUGACUUUGCAGAACUUGACAAUUUUAU